CUUAGAGUUUUGCUUGGGGCAAGCACUAGAUAGACUUUUGGUAAAGUUUCUCAAAAUGAUUUUUAUGUAGGGGUAAUCAAUGAGCUCAUGGCAGACAUCCUCACAGAUGCAAGCCAGAUAGAUGGUUCCCUUCCCCCUACUGCUGUAAUGUAAACAGCCCUGCCACACCCGGGGAAACACUCCACAGCUCCUGGAAUUCUUGCAGUCAGAUGAUGCAUGUGGUCCUGAUCAGUGCGUUUCUGCUCCAGCUCGCAGCCGUUCAGAGAACUAAAUGUUCUUCUUUCUGCAAUCCACAAAGAUUCAAUGUAGCAGUGGUUCAUGUUUGCUGUGUUGAUUCUAUGGCUCUGAGAUUAUGUAGUUUGGAAAAGUUUCUUUUUAAAGAGUUUCUGCUGUGAAUGUAAAUUAUGCUGAACUCUGGAGGAAAGUGAAGUUUGACAGACAUCUAUGAAGAGGCUGUAGAUGUGUGUCAUAUUUGGAUUAAACAUCUGAAAAUUGUGAGCCGUUCCUCCCUAGAGGCCUUCACAUGUCAAGAGCAUGUUCAGAGAAAGACUUUGUGUUUCAUAGCAGUGUGUGCCUAUGUCAGACUCUCCAUUACAUUUCUACAAGCUCAAGGGCUGAUAUGAAUAAAGCAGCGUCGUGGUCAGAGGAGGAGGUCUCGCUCUGGCUGACCGAUCAGGGCCUGCAGGAAUACUCCGAACCUUUACGAAACUACGACGGACCAGCUUUGUUAAGUCUUACGACGGAUGACUUCAAGAGGCCACCCCUCUCCAAGGUCACAUCAGACGGUGGUCAUCUGCUCUUGGAAAAGAUUGAGACCCUUAAGAUCGAGCAUCAUAUCGACGUCCACAAGAAUGGACAUGCCAACGGGCACAUGGUGUUGAAUCAUAACGGGAAUGCUGGGAGUGCUGGAAAGACUCACCAGAAUGGCAUGGUGAAUGGUUUCCACAAGGAACUGGUGCAGAUUCACAUACCAGAGCCAGCUUCUCCGCAGUUUCCUCCUGAGUGGGGAAAGACCGCCGUGGCUUUUGUCUAUGCCUUAUGCUGCUUCGUCUUGACCACCGUCAUUAUUUCUGUGGUCCAUGAACGUGUGCCUCCUAAGGAGGCAUCUCCACCACUCCCUGACAAGUUCUUUGACUUUUUCGAUCGUGUGGAGUGGGCUUUCACUAUAUGCGAGAUCAACGGAAUGAUUCUGAUGGUCUUGUGGAUUAUACAGUUGAGUCUCUUAAAACACAAAUCGAUUGUUGGCCGACGCUUCUUCUUCAUAGUCGGGACACUCUACCUCUACAGGUGCAUCACCAUGUACAUUACUACUCUGCCAGUUCCUGGCAUGCACUUCAAAUGCUCUCCUAAGCUGUAUGGUGACUGGGAAUCUCAGAUGCGGCGGGUGAUGAAAUUGAUCGCCGGAGGAGGUCUGACCAUCACAGGCUCUCAUAACAUGUGUGGAGACUACUUAUACAGCGGCCACACAGUCAUGCUCACCCUCACUUAUCUCUUCACGAAGGAGUAUUCUCCUAGACGGUUCUGGUGGUACCACUGGGGCUGUUGGGCUCUGUGUGCGGUGGGAUUGUUUUGCAUCCUCCUUGCUCAUGACCACUACACGAUUGAUGUUGUCGUGGCCUACUUCAUCACCACACGUCUCUUCUGGUGGUAUCACACAAUGGCCAACCAACAGGUGCUCAAAGAGACAUCCCAGACCAACUUUUUCACCCAUGUAUGGUGGUACCGAUUUUUCAGGUACCUGGAAAACAAUGUUCCCGCCGUCGUCCCCCGCAGCUACCAGAAGCCCUUCUCAUGGCGGUUGCUGCAUUGGAGCCAUGUGAAGUACACACGGAUAGACUCCGACUGACUAACGUGCAAAUGCUCCAUUUGGAUCUCCAAAACAUGUGUCCAAAGUGCCAGAACAAGCCUGAUCCCUUUAACUAACAAAACCAGUCAUCCGAAGCAUCUCAUUCCUCACAGGAUUGGUUUUGGAUGUAAAACUGAGAACAAUAUGGCUGUAGGAGGAACCACUGUCAGUGAUUUUCUUCUCUCUAAUUGUGUUAUUGGGCUUGUGUUGGCCUGUAGUAUCAUUUUGCAUUGCACCAACAAAAAACACAAGAAAAAAAGCCAGCAAACUAAAUGCCAAGUUAUUUAUUUUACAGAAAAACGUGACAAUGUGUCAGAGUAUCUUUGCCCCUUUGCACAAAGCUAUCUUUUCAAGGAAGCAAUUUGACAAACUAAAUAUUGCAUUUUUCUAAUCAUCCGCUAAAUAAAACGUGCUGUCAGACAAGGUUUAUAUGCAUAUAAUUAUUUUUUUAUCUAAUUCUUUACUUCGAGAGCUACAGGAGAUGUUUAUCGUUUGGAUAAUCGAAUGCUCUUCAGUGCCUUAAUAGUUGGGGGCGAACAGUGUUCAGGUGGUCAACUGUAGUAAUGUAGUUAUGUUCGUUCAAAGCUAAUUUCAGUGUUUUGUACUUCAUAUUCGGGGUUGUCGUGCUGUAACUACCCUUUGCAGAUUCAUGUCCCAAAUAUGCUUGAAACAGAACUCACCUCGAAGUACGUGUAUUUUCAUGACGGUGUCAGCAAUGCUAAUUCCUUUGUCCAUAACCAUUUCUCUGAUGUUGUUUUCGGAAUGUAUUUAUUUAUGUUUUUGUUGCGUUUUAUUUCGUAUUUGUCUGUGGAAUGUUUUUUUGGCACGUUGUUUGUCUGUCGGACAGCUGCUGCUUUACGGCUCUGACUGAAUGUUCUGGGUUUGACUGACGUGAUAUGAAGCGAUCCAUCGUUUCUACAAGCCAGAACAGAUGAUCUGUCCCAUUGACCAUCCAAUACAAUAAGCUGCUAUAUUGUGAUUUAAUAGUAGGAGGUGUUCGUCCAUUUACAAACAAAUAAAUGACAAAAUAUUAGCACAAAA